CAGAGCCCCUUGUUUUUACUUCCUGUAGUCCUCUAGCACGUGGUCAAAAGAGAGGACAACUUUGUGAACGAAAAGCAGUGUUGAAAUUACCAAACCUGCUCUUGUUGCGAUUACGAAUGAGAAGCAAGAGGUGAAAGUUCUCAAAAUGCAACAAGUUCAGAGCAUUCCCUCCGUUGUAAAACUCAAUGUUGGCGGUCAUUUCUUCACAUCAAGUCUUCAAACGCUGACCAAAUCCAAGAUCAAGGCUCAAGGUUGACCGCCAUUUUGUUGUCAAAGUCUGCGAUAAAACCUUGCGAAGACGGCGCCUUCUUCAUCGACCGAGAUGGAACUCACUUCCGGUUUAAACUUCGCACUGGGAAAUUCCAGGUGACUCUAUCGUAUCUCCGUACUGGACAAUUGAUGGAACCAAAUAAUAUAUUUCUUAAUCAAGUAAUCAAGAGGUGGCAGUAGAAGCUAGGUCUAAUAAAAUUACCAAAAUGGUAGAGAUGGUUAACAAGCAGUUGCUUCCUUUUAGAAUGCAAAUCCGUCCGUGAAUUUCGAGUCUAUCCUAGAUCAGUUAAGAUCCGUGGAUCAUCGUCGCUUGUAACGGUAUGAAUACACUUCCGUUAUCAGCCAAAUAACUGUAAUUGAACUAAGUGGCGUGCAUGAUUUUUAGUGCCAUAUGAGAUGAAUAAGCGCGAGUAAAUUUUGGAAAGGCUAACCAAAUUGCAAGAGCCCGUAGGGUGAGUGCAAUUUGUAAUCUUUUAAAAAUUUACGAGGGCUAAUUUAUUCCAAAUCGCACAGAUAACUUAUGAGUUUACUUAACAAUGAUAAAAAUGCAAAAAAUCGAUUAGGUUUUCCUGUUUAGACGUGUUUACUUUGUGUCAUGGCUCACUGGUGCAGCCGCUUGCGUUUGUCUUGUCGUCAGACUUAUUCCUUGAAAAACUUGCUCAAAGUCUGUUUUCAUCAUCUGAGGCUAAAUUUUAAUUGACCUGAGAACUGCAGCCGGGAGACUCGCUUUACACUAUAAAAUGCAGGAUAGCGUUAGCAGGAAACAUGGAGUACCAAAUGAGGAAAACGUAAAUCACAUAUUUUCGACAAUAAAACUUAAUAUUGGCGGUCAUUACUUCACAACAAGUCGUCAAACACUAACAAAGGAUCCGGAGUCCGAGUUGGCCGCCAUCUUUUCAUCCAGGUCUAAGUUUAUAGAAUGCGAAGACGGCGCUUUCUUUAUCGACCGAGAUGGAACUCACUUCCGGUUUAUACUUAAUUAUCUUCGCACUGGGAAAAGUGUCCUACCAGAAGGAGCAACAGCCCUCAGCCAACUGCUGGAGGAAGCUAAAUUUUACCAGAUCAAGGAGUUAUUAGACGAAUUAAAUUUGGUGGCGUCAAAGACAGAAGGAAGGGUUAGAAUAAAUGUCGGUGGUCAUUACUUCACCACAACUCGUCAAACACUGACCAAAGAUCCAAACUCAAUGCUGGGCGUCAUGUUCUCAGGGAAAUUUGACAUGAAACCUGCUGAAGACGGCGCUUUCUUUAUCGACCGAGAUGGAACU